GCGUCGAUGGAGUUCAUACCAUGGGUGUUCUGCGACCUUUUCCUAUAUACUCCGUAUUAUAUAUAGACGAGAGCCUCCUCUUCCUUCUCCCAGCAGCACACAUAUGUGCACCAUCAGCCAAUCAUAGAUACUCCUCUGCUCCAUCUCCAGUUGAUUCCCGUCUCCAUGCCUGAUGGCUCUCCUCUACAUACUACUCUUUGGCUUCCUCUUGUCUUCCAUGCACACUCCUCCGUGUUCUGCCGCACCGGCAAAUGAUGACACUCUCAUGGCAGGCCAGGUGCUUGCCUCCGGCGACAAGCUCAUCUCAAGAAAUGGCAAGUUCGCGCUCGGCUUCUUUCAGUUCCAGCCACCACCAACAGCCGUCAUCAGUAAGUCCACCAACAGCAACACCACCACCUUGCCCUCCCUUGGCUGGUACCUUGGCAUAUGGUUCAAUGAGAUCCCAGUUUUCACCACCGUGUGGGUUGCUAAUAGGGAGAAGCCCAUCAAUGACCCUGACAUCAAGUUAACAAAGCUCAAAAUCUCAAGAGAUGGCAAUCUUAUCAUUGCCACCUUACAGAAUGCCAGCACAGAGUCCAUAAUUUGGUCCACAACUCACUUCGUCAAUAAGCCAACAAGAACUAGCAUAAACACUACUACUGCCGCUGUUCUCAUGAACAAUGGAAACCUUGUCCUCAUAGCAGAAAGCUCAUCGAAUGGAACCUCAUUGUGGCAGAGCUUUGACUACCCAACAGAUGUCGCGCUUCCUGGUGCCAAGUUAGGCCGGAACAAGGUCACCGGUUUGAACCGGCGUUUCAUAUCAAAGAAGAGUCUCAUUGAUCCAGGUCUUGGCUCUUACAUCCUUGAACUAGACUCCAAUGGGAUGUUGUCCCAUAAGCGUCGUAAGCCCCCUUUUGUAGUGUAUUGGUCUUGGUCAUCCAGCAAAUUUGCAUACACACUUUUAUUAGUACUCAACGGGCUGCUAGGCUCAGAUCCACGUACCAAUAAAGGUUCGCUUAAACCCGCAUAUGUCAACAACAAUGAAGAGGAGUGCUUCACGUACACCUCAUCAGAUGAAUCAUCUUCCACAUUCGUCUCAAUAGACAUCUUUGGUCAGAUUAAACUGAAUAUUUGGUCGCAAGCCGAACAAUCUUGGCAAACCAUAUAUGCCCAACCUGCUGAUCAGUGCAAUCUAUUGGCUGCUUGUGGACCUUUCACAGUCUGCAACGCCAAUUCGCAUCCAUUUUGUGGCUGUAUGGAGGGCUUCUCUCCAAAGUCACCUCAGGAUUGGGAAGUCGAUGAUCCAACUGCAGGAUGCGUCAGAAAUACUCACUUAGACUGCACAACAGGUUACAAAAACACGACAAGUUCAACAGACAUGUUCCACUACAUAGCUCAUGUUACAUUACCCUCUUACCCCCAUAACAUAGAAGAUGUUACAACUCAGAGUGAAUGUGAAGAAGCUUGUCUUAAUAAUUGCUCUUGCACUGCUUAUUCCUAUAGCAGUGGCAGAUGCUCUAUCUGGUAUGAUGAAUUGUUCAGUCUAAGUCAAACUGAUGGCAUUGAAAAUUUUUCUGAUAAUGAUCUUUACCUUCGCCUUGCUACCAGAGGUAUGCAAAGUUUGGGGGAAAACAACAAAGUAAGAUCAAGAAUUGUUAUUGCUGCAGGCAUUGCUAGUUGCGGAUUACUAAUUUUCAUGCUAAUGUUUUGGAGCAAAAAAAUCAAGUGGUGUGGUGUGCCAUUACUUGGAAGUCAAGGUAGUGGUGGUGGAAUUACAGCCUUCAGAUAUACUGAUUUAGGCCAUGCUACUAAACACUUCUCACAAAGGCUGGGAGGAGGUGGUUUUGGUUCUGUAUUUAAGGGAGUGUUAAGUGACCGGACUUCUAUAGCUGUGAAAAGGCUUGAUGGUGCCCGUCAAGGAGAAAAGCAAUUCAGGGCCGAGGUAAGCUCAAUUGGAUUGAUCCAACACAUCAACCUAGUCAAACUUAUUGGAUUCUGCUGUGAAGGUGAUAAGAGGCUACUCGUGUAUGAGCACAUGUCAAAUGGUUCUCUUAAUGCCCAUCUAUUUCAGAGCAAUGCUUCUACUAUCCUUAGCUGGAGCACCAGGUAUCAAAUAGCCAUAGGAGUUGCUAGGGGACUGUCCUACUUGCAUCAUAGUUGCCGAGAAUGCAUCAUACAUUGUGAUAUUAAGCCAGAAAAUAUACUUUUAGAUGCAUCAUUUCUUCCUAAGAUUACAGACUUUGGGAUGGCAGCAAUUGUAGGAAGGGAUUUUAGCCGAGUUCUGACUACAUUUAGAGGCACCGCAGGGUAUCUUGCCCCAGAGUGGCUCAGCGGAGUUGCUAUUACACCAAAAGUUGAUGUCUACAGCUUUGGUAUGGUACUGUUGGAAAUCAUAUCAGGAAGAAGGAACUCAUCCGAAGCAUACACCAGCAACAGUUAUCAGGCUGUUUAUUUCCCAGUGCAAGCCAGCAGCAAGCUCCAUGAGGGAGAUGUGCAGAGUUUGGUGGACCCACAGUUACGAGGUGACUUUGAUUUAGCAGAGGCUGAAAGGGUAUGCAAGGUUGCAUGUUGGUGCAUUCAAGAUAACGAGGUUCAUCGUCCGACAAUGGUUGAAGUUGUCCGGGUUCUUGAGGGUCUCCAGGAGGUUGAUAUGCCCCCAAUGCCAAGACUACUUGCAGCUAUUACAGAACGCUCUGAUGUGACUUCAAUAUGUUCAGUUCGUUCAGCCUUCCUUCAGCUGUCAGUCAUGGGUCUGGGAUGGGAGUUGGAGACCUCCAAGCAAAUUUCGUGGCUUUGUUUGUCUCUGCAUUAUUGUUUGCACUUUGUACAGCGCCUCAGCGGACUAUUGUUUAUUUGGUCUGUUCUUAUUGACGAUCCUUUGAUUACCAGGGCUCGGCUACACUGUAGCCAAUGGCGACUUCUGCUUGAAAAAAAUCAGCAGCUCGAGUUAGACGACAAGAACCAGUUUGUGCGAACUCUGCUCAACCUUUUUCUAUAAACUUGCAAUCCCCUUAAUCCCUUAUUCCUUCCCCCAACAGCAGAGAAGCACACAACACUACACACCUGCAGAUCCAUCAACAACUACUCAUAGACACUCCUCUCUCCC